CAUCAUUUCUCUUCCUUCUUCUCUAAACUUAAGAAAUUAAGAAUGAGAACAAGACAUUGAGAAAGAGAAAAAAUUUGUGGAUGGAAUGGAAAAUGUUGGUUUCAGCAUAGUAGGAAUGAUGGCAAAAUGGAUGUUUAAGCCAAUUCAACGUGAACUUGGCUAUCUCUUUUGCUUUAAGAGUAACAUUCAAAAGCUCCAAAUUCAACUAGACGAACUAAAAGCAACCAGAAACGAUAUACAAAGAAUGGAAGAUGCAGAAAAGAAGAUGGGGAAAACUCUGGGUGAUCGUGUCCAGUUGUGGAUUGAGAAGGCAGAUGGAAAAAUUGUAGAGGCAGAGGGUGUUCUCAAUGAUAAGGCCGAGCUUAAAAAAGGAUGUUUUUCCAUCAAAUGGUGCCCCAAUCUAAUUUUGCGCUUUUCUUUGGGCAGAAAGGGGAAGAAAUCAUCUUUGGUUCUCAUCGAGCUUAUUCAAUCCGGUGGUCAGUUGCCACUGCCACGCACGGAUCAUUUCUUACCCAUGCCGUCCAUAAAUAUGCGUGACUACAACGGGGAUGCAUGUGAUUUUGAGAGUCGAAGUAAGAUUAUGGAAGACGUCAUUGAGAUGUUACGGGACGAAGAGACAAUGUUAAUUGGGAUAUGCGGGAUGGGAGGCAUUGGAAAAACCACAUUUGCUAAGCAAGUCCUUCAAGAGGUAAAAGACUCUUAUAAACAUUUAUUUGACAUUCAAGUUAUUACUACUGUCUCUAGUAGUCCCAAUUUCAAUAAUAUCCAACAAGAAAUUGUAGAGAUGUUAGGGUCUUUUUCGCUUAAGGGCAUAGAUGGUAAGAUUGCAAGAGCAAACUAUUUACGAAACGCUUUUCGUAACAAAAAAGUUGUUGUCGUGUUGGAUGAUGUUUGGAAAAAGUUUGAUUUAAAUGCUUUUGGUUUUCCAUUAACAAAUUCAGAUGUUGGGUGUUGCUGUAAAAUUAUUUACACAUCUAGAAUCCAAGGUUUAUGGCCAGGUGAAAGGUCCAUUACCAAGAAGGAAAUCUCAAUUCAACUAUUGUCAAGUCAAGAAGCCUUGGAUUUGUUUAAAAGAAAAGUAAAUCUUCCUGAUAAUGAUGUUGAUUUCCAUUGGAAGAAUAGAAUAGCAAUGCAAAUUGUUGAAGAAUGUGGAGGAUUGCCUCUCGCGCUUGAGGUUGUAGGAAGCGCUCUUACCGAAAAACACAAACAUGAGUGGAAUAAUAUGUUUUCUCAAUUGAGGAAUCGCGGUCAAGAAUCACAUAUGGAGGAGAUAAACAAGGCCUUGAAAACGAGUUAUAACUUUUUAGAAGAUCCAAAUGCCAAAUUAUUGUUCUUGCUCUGCUGUUUAUUCCGAGAAGACCAGAGGAUUCCUGUUGAGAGGUUGUAUCGUUAUGCAGUGGGUUUGCAGCUCUUCACAAAUAUAAAUGUGGAAAACCUAAAACGUACCAAGGAUUAUGUCUACACCUUAGUGGACAACCUACUAAGGAGAAAUUUGUUAAUAAAGGUUGAAGCUCGGUAUGGUGAACCUGCAGUGAAAAUGCAUGAUUUGUUGAGAGAAGUGGGAAUUUCAAUUGCAAAACAAGAAAAUAACGGCAUUAAAUUUCUCGAGUGUGAUGGUGUGGACGAACUAGAACAUGUCAUGAGUCCAGACAUUAAGAUGAUUUCUAUAUUAUUCCAGAAGGAUCUACAAGUCUAUGAGAAGUUGGAAUUUCGAGACUCAAAAUUGGAACUAUUACGGUUAGAUAGUUCUGGGGAUACAAUAUCAGGAAGCUUAUUUCAAGGGAGGGAUAAUCUCACAAUUCUAGAUAUAGUAAACUUUGGCGGCAUGGUUGUUGAGUUUCCAUAUUUAGCUAAGUUGAAGAUGUUAUCUCUAGAGGGAUUGAGUUUUAAUAUGACACCGUUAUUUCUAAAUCUUAAGUGCUUGGAGAUCCUUAGUCUUCAAUGGUUAACCGUUCAAAAUUUUCCAAAUGAAAUAAGUGAGUUAACAAACCUAAGAUUGUUGGAUUUGACUGGUUGCGAGUGUUUCAUAAGAAAUGGUGUUCUUUCUAGGCUUACUAAUCUACAAGAGUUGUAUAUGUGGGAUAGUUUUCAAGAUUGGAGACUACACAAUGAAGACGUAAACGGUGGAGACAAUAUUGCAGCAGGGCUUGAUGAGUUAAAUUGCUUACAUAAAUUGUGGAGAUUGGAACUAGAGAUACCCAACAUUGAACAAGUGCCGAGAGGUGUUACGCUAUUUUCUUCUCCAACGUUAUUAACACAAUUCAAGAUAAGAAUUGGAGGAGGAGAAUCUAUUAAAUUUGAAAGUGGGGAAAGACAAUUGUGGUUGGAGAAUGUUAAAGGCAAUACCAGUUUCUUCCAUGAACUUGAUGUCUUAACAAAAAACGACAUUACUAAUUUAUAUAUAUGCGCUGAUUCUGACAUGUUGGACAAUAUGCAUUUAAACAAUUUCAUAUCAUUGAAGGAUGUUGUUCUUAAACAGUGUGGAUCUCUUUUUCCACCAUCACGGUCAUCGUUAAAGACUUUUGAACUUGGGCGUUGUUUGCGGCGUAUUGAACUAUAUGAAUGCAAUGAAAUGACAUACUUAUUUUCUACAUCAAUAUCAAGGAAUCUCGUAAAUCUUCAAGUUCUUGUUCUCGAAGAUUGUAAAAUGAUGAAAGAAGUUGUUAGCUCUUUCAAUGAGACAAAACAAGUCAAUAAGAUUAAGUUCAAUGCUUUAGAAACUAUUAAGAUUCAUGACUUGUCUCGGCUGAAAUACUUUUGCAAAAGAGUAGACAAUAUUCAUUUCCAUAAACUGAAAACAAUGGAGCUAAAAGGAUUGAAUCAAUUUAUCUUCCCAACCAAGUUGGAAAUACCUUGCCUGGAGGAGCUAAGUAUGAUAUCUAUUCCAAAUAUUAAAACUCUGUGCAUGCCACCGUCAUUGCAAAAGUUGAAUAUUGAUAAGUGUGACAACUUUCAAUAUGUUGACUUCUCUCCUAACUUGGUGAUUUCUCAUCUUAAAAAUGUGAUCAUUACAAGAUGUGAAAGGUUGAAAGGAGUAGUAGGAGUAACAACUGGUGCAGGAGAGCAACGGAAAAAAUCAAUUGAAUUCACUAAUUUGUCAACAUUGAAACUUGAAUCCUUGGACAAACUCGCGAGUUUUGUCAUCGAUGUCAACAAUUUGGAUGACAAAGAUGAAAAGUCACCAAGUGCACUAUUUUAUCACAAUGAUUAUCAGUUGGAAAUACCUUGCCUGGAGGAGCUAAGUAUGAUAUCUAUUCCAAAUAUUAAAACUCUGUGCAUGCCACCGUCAUUGCAAAAGUUGAAUAUUGAUAAGUGUGACAACUUUCAAUAUGUUGACUUCUCUCCUAACUUGGUGAUUUCUCAUCUUAAAAAUGUGAUCAUUACAAGAUGUAAAAGGUUGAAAGGGGUAGUAGGAGUAACAACUGGUGCAGGAGAGCAACGGAAAAAAUCAAUUGAAUUUCCUAAUUUGUCAAUAUUGAAACUUGAAUCCUUGGACAAACUCGCGAGUUUUGUCAUCGACGUCAACAAUUUGGAUGACAAAAAUGAAAAGUCUCAAAGUGCACUAUUUUAUCACAAUAAUUAUCAGGUAACAAUGAAAAUAAUUUUAAAUUUAGUAGUGUAGUAUAAUUAACUUAUAAUAAUAAAAAGUUAUAAUGCAGGUCUGGUUUCCUUGCUUAGCAUUGUUGGUUAUACAGGAAUUGCCAAAGAUAAAUUAUAUAAUAGGAAGGAAAGAGAGACUUGGACAUGAUCAUCCUGAUAUAGAAGAAAGGGAAAUUCAACCAGGCAUAUUAUUAUUCCCUAAUUUGAAGAUAUUGAUUCUCCAGAAUUUAGGCGAACUCUUGAGUUUUGUUGGAGUGAUGAACAAUAUGGAUAACAAUUGCAAAAAUCAAAAUGCACUCUUUCAUCUUGAUGAUGAGGUA